GGCGCUCUGACAAGCUGGUGGUGCCGGAAGAAAAGAUGGCGGAUCAUGAGGAGCAGCUAUCCGACGAGGAGAAGGUACGCAUAGCAGCUAACUUCGUCAUCCACGCCCCGCCGGGAGAGUUCAACGAAGUGUUCAACGAUGUGCGAUUGCUGCUCAACAAUGACAAUCUCCUCAGGGAAGGUGCAGCGCAUGCGUUUGCGCAGUACAACUUGGACCAGUUUACCCCUGUGAAGGUGGAGGGCUACGAGGAACAGGUCUUAAUCACAGAGCAUGGCGACCUCGGUAACGGCCGGGUCCUGGACCCCAAGAACAAGAUCUCCUUCAAGUUCGACCACCUGAGGAAGGAGGCCAGCGACCCGCGGCCCCAGGACGUGGAAGGCUCCCUGGAGGCCUGGAGGAGCGCUGUGGACUCGGCCGUCCGGGCCUACGUCAAGGAGCACUAUCCCAGUGGAGUCUGCACCAUUUACGGGAAAACCAUCGACGGACAUCAAACCCUCAUCGUGUGCAUCGAGUGCCAUCAGUUUCAACCAAAAAACUUCUGGAACGGACGCUGGAGGUCAGAAUGGAAAUUCACCGUCUCCCCCUCCACCACUCAAGUGGCAGGAAUCAUGAAAAUCCAGGUUCAUUACUAUGAAGACGGCAACGUUCAGCUGGUGAGCCACAAAGAGGUCCAGGAGUCCAUGUCUAUUUCUAAUGAGGCUUCAACUGCAAAGGAGUUUGUGAAGAUCAUGGAGGCGGCAGAGAACGACUAUCAGACGGCCAUCAACGAGAAUUACCAGACCAUGUCGGACACUACCUUCAAAGCCUUACGCCGCCAGCUCCCCGUGACCCGCACCAAGAUCGACUGGAACAAGAUCCUGAGCUACAAGAUCGGCAAGGAGAUGCAGAACGCUUAACAACGACGGAGAUCAUAACAGACACCCCCCCCAUCCACCCAUCCACCCAUUCUCCCCCAGACACCCCCAUCCCCUCUCCUCCCUCCCAAACAACGUUGCAUGACUGGAUAGUUGUAUCGUCUUUGUACAGAAAUUAGAGAAAAACUGGGACAAAGAGAGGUUUUUGGUCUCACAGCCGGAUGUCACAUCACACACACAUUGGAUGUCUCCUUUUAUCGAUGUUAUUUUGUUUUUAUACAGACACCGUUAACUCCUCUGUAUAUUGAAUCUAUCAUGAGAAAGACAAGCGUAUUUUGGGGGGAAAAUAGAACUUGAGGAAACGAGUACAAGACAUAGGAAGAAAAAGAAAAAAAAAGGGGAGGGGGCGAGCACUUGUAUGCAAAGACAUCCUUAUGAAAAUACAGUAUCACGUGUGCAAUAUUUAUUGUGUCAGUGAGACCACACCUUUUUAUUUGACCUGCUGAGUAAAACAUAAAAAAACAGUUUGAAUUUGUGGUGCAUUUACAAAAAGAAAGACUCCCCUUCACCUCACGGUUAACGUCCCGUAUGAAAAAAAUAAUCUUUGUGUUCAUUGAAUGGUAUCUUUGGCACAAGCAGUCAGCCACUCAAUGUUCUUGCUCCUCUUUUUAUUUUGGUACUUCCCUCCCGGCUUCAUCGCCUAUAUCUUAUUGUUUUUUCUUUUUGACUCGACGUCGUCUGGACUCUCACCUCUGCGCGGGGAGUUUCUGUGACCACUUAACAAGCUCAAUUUAACAAAAGUCAUCAGUCGCUAAGUGAUGUGCAUAAUGUCCAAUUUACAAUAAAAUACAAAAAAACGUAUCACAUUCUCCUCCAGUGCUUAUUUUUAUUAUAAAAAAAAGAAGACAGAAACAAACAGAACCUGACUGUAUUAUAUAACAAGGCACAUUGUAAUAUAUACCUGUAUGAAAACAUCCUGUCUGUCAGUUUGGUGAUUUAUUUCCAUGAGAUUAAUUGUAACUCAGUCACAAUUAUGUUGCAUUAAAUGACAAAUUUUCUA